GCGAUUAUUGGUAUAAAUUAUAUAAGCGAUAACAGACUGACAAUAGAAAAGUAAACAUUAGAUUCACGUACUGAAUGCGGGGAGUCUAAAUUUAGUCGUGGCUCGUGGUACAAGUUCUACUCAGCUGGUGUUUUGUUAACUAAAAAAUCAUUGAAAAUUAUGUUUUCAAGGCGUUCAAAAUGUUUAUUCGUGCACUUCAGACAAUUAAAACAAAUAAAGAAGUACCACAAAUUAAGCUACGUUCACAAUCCUGGAACAGCUCGUUUAAGGCCGUUAACUGUAGGCAAAAUAUUGGAAGUAGCAGCAAACAGGUUCAGUGAUCGUAUAGCUAUUUUAGCUAAGGCUCAAAAUCAACAACUGACAUAUCAAGAGGUAUUAGACAAGGCUGAUAAACUGGCAGCAGGUCUCAAGAAAGUGGGACUAAAUCCAGGAGAUAGAGUCGGAAUUUGGGCACCUAACUUGAUCGAAUGGUAUGUGACGCAUAUGGCUUGUGCUCGAGGUGGUUAUAUUCUGGUUAAUAUUAAUCCUGCCUACCAACCACCAGAGUUAGAAUAUUGCAUAAACAAAGUAGGAGUCAAAUGUGUGAUUAGCGAUUACAAAUUUAAAUCACAAAAUUAUUAUAAUAUUUUUAAUGAAAUAUGUCCUGAAAUAUCAACUAGUGAACCAGGCAAAUUGAAGUGUAAACGCACACCUUCAUUAGAAAGCAUCAUAAUUACCACACAAGAAGAUUUAAAGGGAGCCCUGAAAUUCCAAGAAGUUAUUGAGAGCGCUAGUGAAGCUGAAAUAGAUAACAUUGAUAAAUUACAAGAUAGAAUAGAUCCAGAUCAUCCAUGUCACAUACAAUUUACGUCAGGCACUACAGGAAAACCAAAAGCUGCGAUACAGAGUCAUUUCCAUUUAGUAAAUAAUUCGUUUUUCAUAGGAAAAAGAAAUGAAUUAGACAGAAAACAUCACAAAAUUUGUGUACAAGUGCCAUUUUUCCAUGUUUUUGGUACAGACAUUACGAUAGGAGCAUCUGUAAACCAUGGAGCAACCUUGGUUAUACCUUCUCCUGGUUAUGAUCCCGAGAAAUCUUUGGACGCCAUUCGAGAUGAAAAGUGCAGUAUUAUACAUGGAACUCCGACAAUGUACGUUGACUUAGUAAAUCAACAAAGAAAUAGAAAAGAGGACAUCAGUCCAGAAAUUGCCGUGUGUGGCGGAGCUCUAUGCUCACCACAUCUGUUUCGACAAAUGAAAGACAUUUUAGGAGUAAAUAAAGUUAAGUCGGUAUAUGGCCUAACUGAAACCACGGCAGUUGUUUUUCAAACAUUACCUAAUGAUGAUGAGUAUCAAUCCACCUCAACAGUUGGUUGUGUUGGUGAUCAUCUAGAAGCUAAAAUUAUUGAUUUGGAGGGCAACAUAGUACCUAGAGGAACUCAAGGUGAACUUUGUAUAAGAGGGUACUGCAACACAUUGGGUUAUUGGCAAGACGAAGAAAAAACUAAAGAAUUGGUGGGUCCAGACAGAUGGUUAAAAACAGGAGACCAAUUUGUUAUUGAGGAAAGUGGGCAUGGUAGAAUUGUUGGAAGACUAAAGGAAAUAAUAAUACGAGGAGGAGAAAAUAUAUUUCCUAGAGAAAUAGAAGAUCUCCUUAAUACUCACCCAGAUAUUUUGGAAACUCAUGUUAUUGGUCUACCUCAUGAACGUCUUGGUGAAGAAAUAUGUGCUUGUAUUAGAACAACCAAUCAAUCGCUGUCGCUUGAAGAUAUAAAGACAUUCUGCAAGGGAAAAGUAGCUCAUUUCAAAAUUCCUUCUAAGCUGAAAAUUGUAGAAGGUUUUCCCAAAACAGCUUCAGGAAAAAUCCAAAAAUUUAAACUAAUUAAUAUGUUUACAAAUGAUAAAUAAAACCGCAAAUGUAAAAUUUA